AGUAUCUGUAAUACUGCCACCUCUCCAGAUUCAAAGGAGGUCUGGAAACUUUACAUCAGGCUCAACUUGACGCUGUUAACUGGCUACGGAAGAAGGGCAAACGCUAGAAGAAGAAUCUGUAAUACCCAGGUGGCUCUCUGGGAUCGGACAGAGUUUGCAGAGGAGAAACAGAAAAAGCACAGAGGUGCUGAAGGAACACGGACACACAUGAUGUCAUCCAGGCCAGGAACCAGUCCUAGUGUGUAUGGAAACAUGCCUAAACCUUCCCAGACAAGCAAUUCUACAGCUUGGAGAUCUCAACCACCCCCAAGUUCCAUAAACAUGGGAUACCAAGCCCAGAGUGGUCUGUCUCCUCCCACCCUUUCUCCAGGAAUCUUUAUUAACAGUCAGCUGGGUCAAGGAAAUAUACAAGUAUUAAACCCAACUACAGCAACGCCAGCCACAACGUUUUAUGACUAUGCAAAGCCACUAGGGGCGAUCCAGAUCAUUAUCGGGCUGAUGCACAUUGCUUUUGGAAUUGUUCUGGGUUUAAUCUGCGUCAGCUAUGCAUCUGUUUACGGCUUUGCAUCUGUCGCCUUCCUUGGCGGGUAUCCGUUCUGGGGAGGCCUCUCUUUCAUUAUCGCUGGUGCUCUCUCUAUAGCUGCAACCAAGGACUUUUCCCCUUGUCUGCUAAAAGGCAGCCUGGCGAUGACUAUUUUGAGCGCCAUCUUCUCCUUCAUUGGAGUGAUUCUGUUCCUGGUGGACGAGAGCAUCAAUGGAGUUGUCAACCAAGACUACUGGGCGGUGCUUUCAGGAAAAGGAAUCUCAGCGGUGCUGAUCAUCUUCUGCCUCCUGGAGUUCUGCAUAGCUUGCACCACAGCCCGUUUCUCCAGUCAAGCAGUCGCCAACAGCAGUGCCCAGAGGCCUGUCGUAUUUGUUUCACCUGCAGUCAACACCUUGCCAACAGGGCCUUCCUACCCUCCUUCCACACAUAAUGAUUACCCAGCUCCUGCCAUGCGGUACUAGAAGAGAAGAGGUUAUCAGACGAUCUCAUGGAGACAGAAUGAGUCUGCAGAAGCUGGGCUCUCCCGCCCUUCCCUGAUGACUGCUAAUCUUUACAGGACAUGCCUGAGAUUUGGCUUUUGUUUGUCCACUGAUGAUAACUGUUAUUUAUCUCUCUGCCGCUGUGGCUUCCUUUAUGCCACUAUCACACAGAGAAAAGUGAAGGGCCAGGGGACUGAGAAUCAUUCUGCAGCUCUCUUCGCAAGUAGAUGAUUUGAAGACACUUCAAGAGUGGUGAAGUAGUGCUGAAGGUGUCUCUUAAAGAUUUUUCUUCUCUAACAUCUCUUUUCUCUCUUAAUUUCUCCUCUUUAUUCAAUAAAUAAGAAAAAAAUUCAGGCAAUUCCCCAUCAAUGUCACUUUU